GAUCAUUUGUCUACGGAACGGCGGCGCGUUAAGUUCGUUAGACGCGGAAAAAACCCUAAAGGCAAGGGCUCCCUUGACAGGAAAAACUCUCGAAACGACCCCAUCCCGCGACCGCUGCAGUGACGACAGUGUGUCUUGUAAGAAAGCAAAAACUCCGCCAGAGACAGAGCAUCCAAGGCCCUGCGAGGUAGUACUACGGCAAUUAAGGCCUGUUGUGCGGUGUGUGUGAGUGUCAUAGCUGUGAAGAAAGUUUGGAGUGUGUUUGCGCGUUAUUGCGAAACGCGGUUUCCGCCGGCUAAAAGUCAAAGCCAAGCCCAGACCAAGGAAGCCAUCGAUAUGGGUCACCUGUCCACCGCGGAGCGUGUGUGCACCAAGACGCCGGCCAUUUCGGGUGAUGCUAGUCCUCCGCAGCUCCUGGCCAGGCGCUCCAAGCUCCAGGGCAAUGGGGAUGCCCAGCAGGUCCGGCGCGGCGAGGACUCCUCCCCGGAGUUGCCGUCACGUAAGAAAUUCCCACCACCCCGGCAGGACUCGCAAUCCUCGCGCGGUGUCAUCCAGGAUAUUGUUGAGCAUGUGCCCAAGGAUCAAAUCAAUCUGCAGGAGUACACACGCACCUUUGUCGGCGAUCGCGUCUUUGGUAUCCAGUUCAAGGCCCCACUGAAAUGGGAUAAAGUCAUCCAGAUCUCGCUGCUCCAUAUGGCGGCAUUCGUCUGCCUGGCAACCUAUCCGCUGGACAAGCACGACUGGUAUACCACCUUAUGGUCACUCUUUGUUGGCGGCGUGGCUGGAUUUGGAGUUACGGCCGGAGCCCAUAGAUUCUGGACACAUCGCAGCUACAAUGCCAAUCCGGUGCUGCGAUCCCUUCUGAUGAUCUCCUACUGCGUGGCCGGACAGAAUACCCUGUACGACUGGGUGCGAGAUCAUCGAGUCCACCACAAGUACUCGGAGACGGAUGCUGAUCCUCACAAUGCCAACCGUGGCUUCUUCUUUGCCCAUGUGGGCUGGCUGAUGAUGCUGAAGCAUCCGGAUGUACUGCGUCGUGGUCGCCAGAUUGACAUGACCGACAUUUUGGCUGAUCCCGUGGUGCGCUUCCACCAGAAGUACUUCUAUCCGUUGAAGUUUUUCUUCUGCUUCAUCCUGCCCACUGUGAUCCCGGUUUACUGCUGGGGCGAGACCUGGAGGCUGGCCAUCACCCAGCAGUGCAUCUUCCGUUACGUAAGCAGCCUGAACUUUACGUGGUUGGUGAACAGCGCCGCCCACAUUUGGGGAUCCCGUCCGUAUGACAAGCGUAUCAUGCCCAGCGAGAACAUCUAUGUCUCCGUGUUGGCCAUGGGUGAGGGCUGGCAUAACUAUCACCACGUCUUCCCCUGGGACUACAAGGCAGCUGAGCUGGGUAACUAUACCUUCAAUUUCACCACCAUGGUGCUGGAUGGCUUCCACAAACUUGGCUGGGCCUGGAACAUGAAGCAGCCAUCCAAGGAGCUGGUGCGUCGCACUCUCGAGAAGUACGGUGAUGGAUCGCAUCCCUCCCACUUGGCCAAGAAUGGCAAGGAUCUUGCCCAGAUGGCGGCCACCCAGAUGGUGGGCAACUUUCACUACUCCGAGGUCCCUGAUCCAGAGCUGGAGUACGAUGCCGAGUCCAGCAGCACGGAGAGCGCCAAGCUGGAUGAGAACGAGAACGAGGGCGAGCGGAUGAAGAAGUCAAAGUCAAAGUGCGCCUAGGGUUUGGAUGUGUUAUCAAGGGAGGGAGGGUGGAUCGGGGAUCCAGGAUCGUCACUUAAUCUUGCAUCUAUGUAUCUGGAGCACCAGAGAGCGGGACCAUAGUCGAUAAUCGUUUUUUUAAAUUAAACCUAUUCUAUUUCUAUCAUUAUCGCUAUCUAUAUCACAGAGCACAGCAACGGUUAACACUCAGUAAGACACUCACACUCACACUCAGUCAGACACUCACUCAUUCCACUAUCGUCAUUUCUGUAGGUUUAGGUAUUUAGCAGUUUAGCACGGUACGACAUAAGUUAAGACACACAAAUUUCAAUAUAAACGACCACACACAAAAAAGGCUCUUCGUUCCA